AUGGAUUUUGAACUAUACUUUAAUUAUCUAAAGAAAGAAAAUACAAAUGAAGUGUUGAAUAAUCAGGAAAUCUUAAUCUUAGUUACCAAUAUAGAAUCUAAAAAGGUUUUAAUUGAAGAUGACAAUAGUAAAGAGGACAAAGAUGACAAAUCUAAGUGA